GUUUUAGUUAUCUAUUGCAACAUGACAGAUAACCCUAAAAUUUAGUGACUUGAAACAAUAAAGAUUCAUUAUCUCUCAGUUUUAGUGCAUUAUGCAUUUGUUGACGGCUUAUGUGGGUGCUUUUGGCUCUCAUGAAUCAAGCUCUCAGCCAGAAUUUGGUCUCAUCUGAAGGCCCAUCUCAAGAAGAAUCCACUUACAGGCUCACUCAUGGUUGUUUCCAGAUUUAGUAUCUUGUGGCUUGUUGGACUGUGAGCAUUAAUUCCUUGCUGGCUGUUUCCCAGAGUCCUCCCUCACUUCCUUCAUCAGUUGGCCUUUUUGUAGUAGAUUUCAUAACAUGGCAGCCGACUUCUCUUUGAGCAAGUGAUAGUGUUCAAGAUGGAAGCUCAGGAUUUAUAACCUAAUUUGAAAGUGACAUUCUAUAAUUUUUGUCAUCUUCUGUUCCAUAGAAAUGAGUCUGUCUGUCCAGCCUACAAUCCAAGGGAAAGGACUCUCACAAAAGCAAGAGUACCCAGAUGUAGAAAUCACUGGGGGCCGUCUUAGAGCUGGCUUCCACAUCCCUUUCUACUGCCUCUGGUGCCCUUGGUGGGGUUGCUGGUGUGAAGCAUAUGAUGAGGAGGGACCUUCGGAGCAGAGCGUUUCUGUAGAAAGAGUGUCACAGGUCAGGACUCCUGAAUCAGGUGGAUUCAUCCAGGAAGCCCACCCAUGUGAGAUGUGUGACCCACUCUCGAAAGACAUUUUGCACUUGGCUGACCACCAGGGAUCACACCUUAUGCAGAAACUGUAUACGUGUGGGAGAGGAUUCUCAUUCAGUGCAAAAUUUUACCAGCACCAGAAGCAGCAUAGUAGAGAAAGUGGCUUCAGAGGAGAUAAUGGAGGGGCUUCAUUUGCGAGGAGCUGUGCAGUCCACAUGUUUGGGAGAUCCUUUACAUGCAGGGAGGAAGGGAUGGACUUGUCAGACAGCUCUGGCCUCUUCCACCACCAGACCACUCAUGAUUGGGGGAGUCCAUAUGAAAGGACAGCAUGCAUGGAAUCUUUCCCACGCUGUUCUAGUCUCAGGCAACAUCAGGGAGACUGUGAUGGACAGAUGGUUUUCAGUUGUGAUAAUGAGAAAGCCUUCCUGAACACCUUUACUCUCCUUGACAACCAGAUAACUCAUACUGUGAUGAGACCCUUCAGAUCCCUACCAUGUGGAAAUGUGUUCAAGGAGAAAUCAGCUCUUAUUAAUCACAGAAAAAUUCACAGUGGAGAAACAUCUCAUGUGUGUAAGGAGUGUGGAAAGGCAUUUAUUCAUCUGUCCCACCUAAAAAUGCAUCAGAAAUUUCACACUGGAAAAAGACAUUACACGUGUGGUGAAUGUGGGAAGGCCUUCAGCCGCAAAGACACACUUGUUCAGCACCAGAGAGUUCACACUGGUGAAAGGUCUUAUGACUGCAGUGAAUGUGGAAAAGCCUACAGCAGAAGCUCCCACCUUGUUCAGCACCAGAGAAUUCACACUGGAGAAAGGCCUUAUAAGUGCAGUGAAUGUGGGAAAGCCUUUAGCCGUAAAGACACACUUGUUCAACACCAGAGAUUUCAUACUGGAGAAAGGCCUUAUGAAUGCAGUGAAUGUGGGAAAUUCUUUAGUCAAAGCUCCCAUCUUAUUGAGCACUGGAGAAUUCACACUGGGGCAAGGCCUUAUGAGUGCAUUGAAUGUGGGAAAUUCUUUAGCCAUAACUCCAGCCUCAUUAAACACAGGAGAGUCCACACAGGAGCAAGGUCUUAUGUGUGCAGUAAAUGUGGGAAAGCCUUCAGCUGCAAAGACACACUUGUUCAGCACCAGAUAAUUCACACUGGGAUAAGACCUUAUGAGUGUAGUAAAUGUGGGAAGUCCUUUAGCCGUAAAGACACACUUGUGCAGCAUCAGAAAAUUCACACUGGAGAAAGGCCUUAUGAGUGUGGUGAAUGUGGAAAAUUCUUUAGUCAUAGCUCCAACCUUAUUGUACACCAGAGAAUUCACACUGGAGCAAAGCCUUAUGAGUGCAAUGAGUGUGGAAAAUGCUUUAGCCACAACUCCAGCCUCAUUCUACACCAGAGAGUUCACACUGGAGCAAGGCCUUAUGUGUGCAGUGAAUGUGGUAAAGCUUAUAUUAGUAGUUCCCAUCUUGUUCAGCACAAGAAAGUUCACACUGGAGCAAGACCUUAUGAGUGCAGUGAGUGUGGGAAAUUCUUUAGCCGCAAUUCUAGCCUCAUUCUACACCAGAGGGUUCACACUGGAGAAAAGCCUUAUGUUUGCAGUAAUUGUGGGAAAGCCUAUAGCAGAAGCUCCCAUCUUGUUCGGCACCAGAAAAUUCACACUGGAGAAAGGACUCAUGAGUGCAACAGUUUUGGUGACUCUUUAGCUGCAUCUCUUAAACUUGUUUAGCACCAGAAAAUUCACACUAGAGAAAGUCCUUAUGCAUGCAGAAAAUGUGCUAUUUCCUUGUUCAACCUAUGUGACUCACACCAGAGAAAACCUCUGUGAGUACCUUUUGUGAGAGAAACAGCAGGUAAACCUGGUACGUGCAUACAUCCACACUGGGGAGAUUCUCCAUAAACACCGUAUACAUGGGGAUGCUUUCAUGAGGUGUUUUGCACUUUCUAAACUGCCUAGGGCUUUUCACAGUUAUAUCACUGCCGGGGCCUAUGGCGGAAGCCAUCUUAUUGCUACCAGCUGUAUGUCAAUCACUCACAUUUUGCUCAGGGAAGGCAGACCUCUGUGCUCGCUCUGCUGUUCCCUGCCGGGCAUCAUGAGUGUUCUAAGCCCAUUGAAGGUCCUUAUUUUUUUCCUUCAUGAUUAGGUUCUGAGUGGACUAGCUCUGUCCAAAAGGAUCUGAGCUAAAGUCUGCUAGGUAUUUUCCAACAAGGUUUCCCUUCAUAGAAAAUGUUGACUGUAAAGAUGAUGGUUGUGAUUUACUUGUCCUACUGCCAAAUUGCCCAACUUUGGACCUGGCCUGUACAGUGUUGUUCUGAUUACUACAGUGACAAAGGCCUAUUGUGACAGCCUUUUUACUCUUGGGAGUACUGUUUACUCUGUAGAGUGGAUUGAGAGAAGAAUUGGGCUCUGUCAGCAUGAAGGGAGGAAUACCUUUUGUGGGCACCAUCUUUAUGUGCCUUAGAGGGGACCACAGGAUGACAGAGAAUGGUUCUCAGUCUAGUUCAACCUAAUUUGUACUGUUGUCCUAAGCCUGCUAGGAAAGACUGAAGAACAUUGUGUGCCUAAUUCUGUGGCCUGGAUGUCAGGAUUUCCUGUGGGCCCAGUGUUCAUCCUGAGGGCAUGGUUGGUGAGAAAAUCUCUAGUGUUUAUGUAAAUAAUAGUUGAGUCCCUUGACUCACAUAUUCCCCAGCAUUGUUGAAGGAUUGAUAUCUUCUGGUCCUGUAUGGGAACCAGUCUGUGAUAUCGAGAAUCCCAUAGGCAAGUGCCAUUCACUGUGCCAUUCACUGUAAGAUAUACAGUGAAUGAGAAUCAUGAUUGGUACAGAAACACAGAGAUUCUGGAGUGCGGAUGACUGUGGCAAACAAGAUUUUUACAUUGUAAAUGGACAUCCAAAAAUGUCCAUGCAAUUAUAACUGUGUGGAAUGAGGUACAGAAAUUUUCAGGACGUCCAGACAUCUGUAUUUCCUGUGGCCAAGGCCACUGUCAGAGUAAAUAAAGAUUUCUGGAUUUCCGUACCUCCCUGGGCAGUUGACCUUAUGGCCAUCACUGCACAGGCAGGAACCCCAGCACUGACAGAAGAGAAAUCCAGGAUGGGGAUUCUCUGACCUAGCCAGCAUUCCUAGUGACUGAGGUAGAAAUGGACUUCAUUGCUGUCCAGUUUUUGCUGACGUUGAGGCAGGGCUCACUCUCCUAAAAUGUAAAGAGAAGGAUAUUAUACAGCCAAAAUAGUUGGCAGAUCUAACUUUCUAAGAGGAAUGGUAGAUAUGGAUGGGGAGCAUUUAGUUCUUAACAGCUUUAUUUUAUUUUAUUUUUUUUGAGACAGAAUCUUGCUUUGUUGCCUGGGCUAGAGUGCCAUGGCAU